UGCCAGAGUAACAGGAGGUGCAACAUGGAUGUUGGUGAAUGUGUUUGUGCUAUGAUUUAGGAGGCACAGCUGUCCAGAGGGAGAUGACACACCAUCAUAUACACCAAUCCAACUGGGGAUAGUGGAGGAGGGGUGAGGGGUGAACAGUGAGCAAAACAGAGAGAAAGACAGACAAGGCCAAGUUCUGAUUUGGUGUCAAUAGAACAACAAAUUCAGUCAUGAGAAGUGGCAAUGUACUAAGAACAGAAAACACUAUGAAAAAAAAUAUUCAGGAAGGCAUAUGAGGAUUUGGGAGAUAGUAAGAGAGCAACAAAAGGAGAGAUAGAGAGCAAGAGAGAUAGACAAGAAGGGAGAGACGGAGAGAGAGGAAGAGCUCCGAACUCGAGUGAUUUCCAGACUGGCUGGGAGUGAGCUAGCGCUCUGAUCUGCCUGCUCUGAUGGGGUUUCAUGCCCUCACAGGCACUGCUGGGAAACCUGAGGGCAAGGCUGGUUUCUGACGCUUUGUUUUUGCUCUCCAAUUCCCACCUAUUGACCAGACAAACCGAAUGAGAGCUGGGACCAGACGAUCUCAACCUCAAUGACGACAAAUGGAUCCUACACCAGUGAGGCUCACCGCAAUACCAAAAGGGAGCUAAAAGAACCCUGAACACAACACGGCCCAAAAACUGGCAGAAAUGAGAGUGAUUUUGGUGUGUGCAUUCCUCUCCUCCCUGCCUUUGUCACAUGCCUGUCCAAAGGAGUGCAGCUGCAACAGCAACACUAAAGUGGUGGACUGUCGGGGUCGAGGCCUCUAUGACAUCCCUCGGAGACUACAUUCAGACACACAGGAACUGUAUCUUCAAGAUAACCAUAUCAGGGGACUAGGAUCAAUGGCUUUCAGAGAAAUACCUCUUGUCCGCAUUCUCGAUCUGUCUAAUAACUCUAUAACAUCUAUUUCACCAACUGCUCUGCUUGGUCUGAGGACUCUGCAGCGCCUCAGCUUGGCAUACAACAGCAUCAGAGAACUUGACAAACGGCUGCUUGGACCUAUUCGCUCACUUUCCCAUUUUGACCUCUCACACAACAGUCUGUGGGGUUUGCCAGGAGUCAUGGGGGACAGUCUGAAAAACCUCAGCUACCUGGGUUUAGCAAACAACAGACUAACAAGAUUGGAUCGUUCGCUUUUGGAUACCAUGACACGCCUGGACAGCAUAACGCUACGAAACAACCCUUGGAGGUGUGAUUGCCAGCUUAUUGGCCUCAAACUCUGGCUGGAGACCUACCUCUUUAAAGGUGGAGUUGUGGAUGAAGUUCUCUGCACUCAACCAGAAGAAAUGAAGGACAAAGACUUGCAAAAAAUUCCUUAUCAGCUGUUUCAUGCCUGUAUGACCACAAGCUACCAUUACCUGUUUGCCAACAUUCACCAUCUAGAGUCUGAGAAGCUACUGAGAGGCCACGUCCAUGGCAACCAUGCCCAUCCCUCCAGCCACUCUCUCCAUGUCCCCAUGGCAAUAGGUGAGGGUUUUGGUGUUGGAGGUGGAGCAGGAGGAGGAGGAGGGGCAGGAGGCAUGGCAGAGUGUGAAACUAAGCAGAAGCAUCGCCCUGUCAACCUACGCCAUGCCAUUGCCACAGUGAUCAUCACAGGUGUAGUGUGUGGGAUUGUGUGUCUGAUGAUGCUGGCUGCAGCAGUGUAUGGAUGUGCCUAUGCGGCAAUCAUGGCCAAAUAUCAGCGCGAGUUGAAGAAGAAUGAGGAGCUGGCUGCAGCACAGGGGGCUGAUCAUGCUACUGAUGAAAAGGAACCGCUGGAAAAUGCUAUUGCCUAAGAGGUGAUAAAGUUUUCCCUGGACUCUAAGCCUCUUCCCUUUAACCUAAUUAUCUUUUGAUGCCAUGUUUGGGUUUGUACAUGAGUGUAAAGAGUGAGAUUUUUUUAUUUUUGCAUAAAUGUACCUAAUAUUUGAGACUUGGGUAGCUACAUUUCACAGGUAUUUGACUAUGCACUGAUAAGAAGAGUAUCUUCCAUUUUAAGAUGAUUUCAGAAGCUGAAUUCAAUAUAAAUUUUGUUUUAUCGAAAAAAAAAAAAACAAGCAUAUCAACGACAGAAGAAAUCAAAUAUAUAUUUAUAAGUGUGUACUUUUAGGUAUUUGUAAUGUAAAACUUUGGUAUUUGUAGAAUGAAUUAUAUAUUUUGUCUGUUUUUUGUUAUUGCUCAUCAUUUUGAAUUUAUUUUUGACUCAUAGUGAACCAUAUUAGGCAGCUGUUGUCAGUCAUGUCCUCAUCUAUUUGUAUCAGUGAUGUGCAUUUAAAAAAAAGAUGAGCCUGUGACUUAAGUUGUGCUUGAGAGUGUGUAUGUGUGCGUCUUUGUACAUGUGUUUACAGAAAGAUGCAUCAGAUUACAGAAAAUUUUAAGUGUCUGUGCCUAGCAAUGCUGAAAAGGUUUUGUGAAGGAAAUAUAUUUUUGAAAAGAUAUUUUCCUGUCAAAAUGGGCAAUUCAUUGAAGCAAUAACGAAACAAACUAAAAUGAAAAGAACUUGGACUCAGCCUUUUUGUAUGUAUUUUAUGGGUUCAUAGAUCAAAAUAAAAUAAAAUAAAAAAACUGCUGAACAAAUUAUGUUUACACAUGCAAAUACAGUUUUUUUUCCAGUCUUGUUUGUAAUAUAUGACUAGUUACACAAUGUUAAACAUUUCCUUCAGUAUGUACUAUAUAUAAUAAAGGAAAACAUCAUUGCUAAUUACUUUAUGAACGCUGGCUAUCAAUUUUAAAAGGUCUGUGUCCAUGAGAGUGAAAAGGAACAAUAAUAGACCGAGAUUUUGUGCAAAGAAAUUCAAGAAACUUCCAGCUAGUAUUCAUUAUAGUCUGGCAUGAUGUUGCUAUGGUACAAUAACCUUGAUUUCACAGUAUGUAAAUGAAAAUUUAUGUUGAAAGUUUUUUAUAUAAUCUUUUGCAAUUUGUAAUUGACUAUUCUUGUGGUUGUAUUAACAUUAUCUACAACUUUGAUUUAUUGAUAUUUUAAUGUUAAAUACACAAGUAAAAAUAAGAAUAAACACUAAAUAUUCAUUUUAUAAUAGGUAAUUUCAUUGUAUAAAACACAAUAAAGUUUCAUUAUUUUGCACUUUAUGAAGUUACAUUGGAAAUAAAACUACCUGAUAUUUGCUGGUUGAUUAGUCUGGCUCAGGCAUUUAGCUUGUCAAAAAAGAAACAAAAACAUCCCACAAAUGUAGUUUCAAGGCAGAACUGUUAAAAGUUAGCUGAAAUAUUUGAAGAGAGGUUCUCUGAUGUUAUUGAUGGUAUUUGUUCUUUUACCUUUAGUAGAAAUAUAACGACAGGCAAACAAGCAAGUCAAACGUACAUUAUCUGUUUAAGCUCAGUUUAGCUGCUUAAAACAACUCACACUGAAUAGUUAGUGAAUUUUAGCAGUCUAAUAUUUCAUAGUAAUUGGUAGCAUCCCAUUAGUUCCCAUGCUCUUUAUAGCCAGAAACAAUUUUAAUUUUAUACACUCUACAUGGAAGUAAUUUCAACAUAUAAGAAUGACUAUGGUAUAAUUUUUUAUAAGUUUUAAAAUAUAAUUGCUUAAAACAUGGGUGUACCUUGACACUGGUAGGCCCAUUCUACUUUUGUUGAAAUGCCUGCUUUGCGUAAUGUAAAAAUAUUCUAAAUUAUUUUUUAACUUCUCCCAAAUAUAACACAACAUCCUUUUCAGUUUAACUGUACCAGACAAAUCUAUAGCAUGCAUUCUUAUUCAUUAAAUUAGGUCAUUAUCAUAGAUCAUUAAUCUAACAAAAGAAACAUGGUAGAAAAUAAUCUGUUAGAUUUUCUUUACUUUCAAUGUAUCUCGUAUGUUUUGUGCAUUCUAACUUGUUCAGAGACAAUUCAUGUAAUGAACAGCAUUUUAAUUCA